AUGCCAGUGACUACCCGAUCUGCAUGGUUGAAACGGGCCCGAGAACUGACAGCCGCUGGAACUAGCGGUUUCGAUCCGAAUGCGUCGGAUAAUGCCCCCCCUCAAGAGUCUCCGUCUCGAUCCCGUGAAGGGGAUCCUUUGCAAAAGGAACUCCGGAUGUACCGAGCUCGCCGCAAGAGACUUGGCGCGUAUAUUAAAGCAUUUCGUCUUAAAUUCGAGCAAGUCUUUCGGCUCUGCCGAUUGGAAGGGACUAUCCGAGUCCUGGAUGAGCUCAUCGCCGAAGUAACUGUUGAUGAUGACAUUUUCCGUUGGGAGGCUACUUUAAUCGGACCGGUGAACACCCCUUAUGAAGGGGGAGUGUUUAAAAUAAGUCUUAAUUUUCCGCCUGAUUUCCCAAAUAAUCCUCCCAAGGUUUGUUUCAUCACAAGAAUUUGUCAUCCAAACGUAUUAGAUAAUGGAGGCAUUUACCUAAGAGUGUUGAGGGCCGACUAUUGGCAUCCCAUGUCGAUUGUUAAGCUUUUCAAGGGAUUAGUGGAGAAGUUGAUUGAACCAGAGGUCAAUGAUGAGGAACAGACCAUUGAAUAUCUUGCCAACCUCUACAAAUCUGAUAGGAGAAGGUUUGAAGCAAUGGCUAGAGAGAUGACAAAUCAAUACGCUGGGAGAGGAAACUGA